AUCAUGAUGUUGAUUGGACAUGUUGUAAGAUGUAUAAAGUGUUAUGUUGUGGUUCAAAUGGAUCGGGUCAGCUCGGAGUUGGACACAAAAGAGAUCUGUGUGAAUUGACCGAAUGCUUUCGAAAUAAUCAUCGUGUGCUUGAUAUUGCUUGUGGAAGCAAUCAUACCUUGUUGCUUCUUGAGAGCGGUGAGGCAUAUGCUUGCGGCAGCAAUAUCAGUGGAUUAACUAGCUUACAAACUUUAUCAGAGAAUGAGGAAGAAAUGUUUAUGCUGAUUGGCCAAGAUGAAAAGACGUACAAGAAGAUUGCGGCUGGGUGGGAUUUCUCAAUUCUCGUCGAUUCCAGCAACAAAGUCCAUACUCAAGGAGAUUUACGCUUGUGUGGAGGUCUAGGAGAAGCUGUUCAAGAAGUGAAAACGUUGACAGAGGUUUAUCAUUCAGCUGACGACGAUGUUGUAGAGAUCCAUACGUCUUUGCAUAGCAUUAUUAUCAUCCACAGUUCCGGAAAAGUUCUAGCUUGGGGAAACAACAAGAAGGGCCAGCUUUUUGGCGAUUGCAAGACUUUGGAUAUGGUGUAUUCUCCGCUGUCCCUUAGUUUCGACGACCUUGAUUACGAGGAUAAAGAAAAUUUGAGAGUUGUCAGGUGUGCCAUGGGAAGAGACUACACUUUCUUCCAUGUACUGAAUACAGUUUCUCAAUCUGAGCUUAUAAUCAUGAGAAGUAAGAACGACAGGUACAAAAUUUUACAGGGGUUAUGCAAUGCAAUAGGAGAUGGACAUAUUGAGGGUAAUGGUAGGCGAUCAAGAUGGUUCAGAAUCAAGAAAGGGAUUUGUCUAAAGCGGCUGAAAAGCAUGUGGAGCUCUGUACAUGUGAUGUAUUCUACAGAAGAAAAAUCUUCGGUAUUAAAGUCUUUCGGAAAUAAUGUUUUCGGUCAAUUAUUUCCCGGGCUCUCGACAGAAGUAGCUGACUUUGAUGUCGGGACUGAACAUGGAGUAUGUCUGGAAAAAAGUGAGAAAAAAGUGUGCAGUUGGGGAUGGGGCGAACACGGUAACUGUGGAGUUCAGAAGCUUACGACUAAAGUCAACGAGAUGUAUUCUUGUGAUGAAAAUAAAACCAUAGAUUCUGCUAUUGGUGGGUACGCAACUACAUGGAUCAUAGUGAAAAGCUAGUAUCAGUUCUUCCAGUAAUACCAUAGGUAGAGUACGUAGCCAAAGCAUAUAAAGUAUGGUCAUGAUUAAUGAAUGAGAAUGUCACAUAGGUACUUCCCCAUAUUCAUCUAUUCAUACUGCCCAGGGGCAGCCACGAAUGAUGGAGAAUAUGUUCUAGGUGUGUCUAUCUAGGGCCAAAGUAUCGGACUUGAACCACUGAAAUCUGAACAAGUACCUUCUUUUCUAGCCCGCCG